AUGACCGUCGAUAAGGAAACCGCUUCAUUGACGAUCACCGCUGUGCAAGAUGAAAAGCCCGAACUUCAACCUCAGUCGACCUCAGCAGCUGUAAGGAAACGAACCCGAGCCACGGCCGAGCAAUUGGCCGUCCUUGAAGAUACCUUUGCCGUCAAUGUAUCUCCCAACAGUAAACUUCGCAAACAAUUGGCCGAACGACUCCAAAUGAGUGAGCGUUCGAUUCAAAUCUGGUUCCAGAAUAGAAGAGCCAAAGUCAAACAUAUGCAAAAACGUGCACAGAUGCAGAUGCAGCAAGCUUCUAUACGGGCGCAGCUUUACCAUUAUCAUCAACAACAAUACGGAAUGCAGCAGCAUUAUGGAGCUCCUUUGAUGCCUUUACAACCUUAUUCUCAUCAACAUCCUCAACAACAACAACAACAACAACCCUACUAUCACCCAUAUUCUGUAGCUCGCAUGCCAUUACCGCGCGCUCACAGUGUGGAUACAAUUCAGCAUCCACCUCAUCAAAGAGCCCAUGUUUCCUACGCUGCCUCUGUUCCUCCGGCACCCAUGCCUUCUUCCGCUUCACCCUCUUAUCACGUUACCCCUCAAUGGCCAGCCAGUCCUACCAUGUCUCGUCAAAGCAUGCCUGCCCACCCAUACCCGACACUCCAUAACCCGGAUUUCGCUCAAGUGGCCCCGUUUGUCGAAUUCCACGAUUACUUAAAUGGUCCAAUGUCACCUUCCCCAAGUCCCUUAAAUGAGCUUCAAUCCAAUGGUCUAAGCUACACAGCGCCCUCCUCCAUGCCUCCCUCCAUUACCGUCACAACUGGCCAAUUAACCGAUUCCUCGUCCAGUAUUUUAUCCACAUUGGUGCCCGUUCCAGAUGCAGGUCCCACCGCCAUGUUAGCUUCCCAGCAGCAACCGCAACCACAAACCGUUUAUCACGAAGGUCUCAAGAGUCCCGCACCCACCCCUCCCACAGGCAUGCCCUCCACUACCGUAUGGCCAUCACCUAAUGCAAAUUUGCAACGUGCUCAAUCUGUUACUGUUUCCACGGCAACCUCUAUGCCACCUGCACGUGCUCUAAGUGACCCAGUGUCCACCAUUGAUCCAUCCAGUCUGAUCAUGACUCCACCCUCCCAUGUUCUGUCCGAAGACGAAGAAGAACAUAAAUUGCAGGCAGCGAAUGAGAAACCUGAAGAGAUAGCGGUGAUGGCACCUGCGGCCGAAAACACCUUCUUUAAUGCUACUACCUUAACCAUUGGUACUUGGCAUCGUCUGAAAUUACGAGCGACCGAUUUGCUGUGUGUCUACCGCCCUCUGGAUCGCAUGCUUGCUUGGCAUAUUGCAGAUAACGGUUGCCAUUUCAAAAUGGAGAUCGCGCUGGACGCUGUGGCGAGCAUUGAAUACGUAGCGAAUGAAUCGGACGUCUUGGCCGAUGUGCACUUUGAUAUCAGCGAACCUCCAUUGUACUAUAUGGAAUCGCGGGAUGAAAAAACGGAUGUGCCGGUGUGGAUUCAGUGCAGCGAUUUCACCGAAGGCAAGCAAGCAUCACGAUAUUUCCGUCAUACGCUGAAAGGCGUUUCACAUGUCAUCAAAGAAGAAUUGAUCGCUUUGACCAGUAAGCAUGAAGAGACGCGCCGUCUCGUACGAUUUUUGGAACCGCAAAUCAUGGUGGCCCCUCAGCAACACCAUCAACCCGAACCUAUCAUGGCAUCCGCAGCGGCUAUGCAAUAUCUGGAUCCUAACUCGUAUUGGGCUACGGCUAUUCCCACCUUUGUGAACGAACCCACAGCACAAUACAUGUUUACCUAA